AUGGGAGUGGUAAUCAUUGACGGAUCAACGGUGAAGAACUUUGUGACAGACGAGGAACACUUCAAUAAGAGUAUGGAUGAGAGUUUCGCAGCUCUUGAUCUCAACGAAGACGGUGUCCUCUGCCGGUCCGAGCUUCGCAAGGCAUUUGAGUCUCUUCGCCUCAUCGAGUCCCACUUCGGGGUCGACGUUGCAACGACACCCGAAGAGCUCAAUCAGCUAUACGAUUCUAUUUUCGACAAGUUCGAUCUCGAUGGCAGUAACACGAUUGACCCACAGGAGUUCAAAUCGGAGAUGAAGAAGAUAUUGCUUGCUAUUGCUGAUGGUUUGGGAUCUUGUCCUAUUCAAAUGGCUCUCGAGGAUGAUGACCGAAGUAAUUUUCUAAAGAAAGCUGCUGACCUUGAAGCUGCCAAGCUCGUAGCCAACCAUGGCGAUGGUUCCUAAUCGACGCUGGCAUGGUUUCUCAAUCAAUUUUUAUGGACUGUUUUGUUCAGAUUAAGUUUACUUCUCAAUCAUUUUCUCAUUGGAUUUGUUGUUUAUGGUAGA